GUCAUUUAGCAUCGUCCACCGACACGGGCAAAAGAUUUCUGCGAGUUCGUGCCAUGGAUUGGAGCUCCGUGUUCGACGACGAUGCCGCAGCGGCAACGCAUAAUCGGUCUCGGGAUGAGAAGUCCAAGAUCUCGCUGGCUUCAUCAUUGAAUGAAGAGGUGGAGAUUGGCGAAACGCGGUCCUCGCGCGCCGCCCACCAGCUCAUGUCGUUCUCCCGGUCCCUGAGCUUCAACCCCGCCGAGAUGGACUCGUCGUCGUCCAGCUACACCCCCCUUGUCGCGUACUCGUUCACGGUGAAUUACAUCUUGGGCGUGGGCAGUCUUGGUGUACCGUACGCGUUGUACAAAGCCGGGAUCGUGUUUGGGUCGGUGUUGCUCGUGGUCGUGUCGUUCAUCUCGUACGUGACUGUGAUGUGGGUGAGUGAAACGACUGCUCGAGCUCGCGACUUGGACGCGAAGAACUCCAAAACCAAGUUGCUUCGCGACCCGUUCCACUUUCCUGAAGUGACCACGCUGUGCGAUCGCUUCCUGGGCGUCGUGGGCGCGACGUUGUACCAGUUGUCGCUGCUGGGUCUCAUGUAUGGAGGGUUGCUCGGGUAUUCGCAAGUGUUUGUCAAUAGCAUUGUGUCCCAGCUGCCGUCUUCUUUCGAAAGCAGCACGGUUGUCGUAGCCGUGGUGUUUGGCUUGAUUGUCGUGCCGCUCUCGUGCGUUGACUUGAGCGAGCAAAUCCAUGUCCAAGUUGUCAUGGCCAUCGUGCGCUUUGUGGCGCUGACCACGAUGAUUGCAAGUGCCACUGUGGCGCUGUUUGUCGACACCCGAGACAGCGGAAUCACGAGUCCGAUGAUCGCUCAAGGCCCGCCGUACGCCAGCGACGUUCCGUGGAUGAACUUGGACUCGUUUGGUUUACUCUUCAGCACCACCGUGUUUUCGCAGCUGUUCCAACACUCGGUGCCAGGAUUGCUGGCCCCGUUGGCGCGCAAAGACCAGCCCAAGGCGCCGUCGAUCUUUGGGUACGCGCUGGUGACCACGACCUUGUUCUACUUGGCGUUGUCGCUGUCGUGCUGCUAUUACUUUGGCCCGAAGAUCAGCUCCAGCGUCAACUUGAACUGGGCGUCGUUUUCGUGGGGCGUCGACGGAGACGUUCCGCUGUGGGGCAGGUUCCUGUCGUUCUUGGUCGUGCUGUUCCCUGCCUUGGACACGCUCAGCGUGUUCCCGCUGAUUGCGAUCACUCUGGGCGACAACUUGGCGGCGUCACUCAAAGGCCGACUCGUGUGGCUCAGCCAUAAGCGCCUCAUUUGCCGACUGGUGGCGUCGCUGCCCCCGCUCGUGGUUGCUGUCGUGGUCACAGAUUUGUCAGUGACCCUCCAAUUUUCAGGGAUCUUUGGGAUUUACGUGGCAUUCAUUACGCCGGCCCUGUUGCAACUGUUUUCUCGGCGCGAAGACCCGAGGCUCAACGUGUACAGUGGACGGUUUAGCUCGGAUGGGUACAUUUUCGCUGUAUUAGCAUUCGGUGGCGUGGCCGUUGUAGUCGCUACGGUCCAAGUGUUUGGCCGUCCUUGAUGCACUGUACCAUAGUACAUACUAACGUUAUGUAGUCUUUUGCUUCAAUAACAUAUCAAAAACUCAACUACUAUUAACGUUAACGUUACUGUGA